ACUAUGAUGAUGGUGGAGGAUCUGGGCUACGGGAGGUUUUUGGGGGGAGGGAUGAGCUGCGUAGGAGUGGGGGAGGGCUUGCGUAGGGCGGCGAAUGGUGGGGGAGGUGCGAUGAGUGGUUUGGUGGAUGGAUGGUAGCUGGAAAAGGUGGAAAGUUAAUGAAUUAGGUGGUUGUGUGGUGGUGGGACUAGUGGGAUUUGUUUCCCUUUGUCAUUAAACAAAUAACAUAACACAUUUCAAGGGCUUCAUUCCAUUCUCCUCCAUACCCUUUCCUCAUUCCAUUCCGAUUCCACUUUGCGAACUAAACGACCCCUAAUUGUUUCUUCUAUAGUUCUACUCUCUUCUCUAUGGAAAAUGAAAUAUUAAUUUGUUAAGAAAAUCGCAGCUGCUAGUCUGCAAUUGUCACUAUUCUGUGAAUAAACAAGUGAGAGCUCCAAGCAGUUGAUAUGAAGAAGAUUACACAUCGAGCUUCUUCUUCCUUCUUUCAUGGCGUUCCUGGUAAUUUCCUCCAUUUUUAUUCCAGACAUUAUUUCUCCUCCAUUCCUAUUAUUCACGACCGUUUUCAAUUUCUCAAUUCGGUUAAAGAACAAUGCAAAUUAGGGUUUUUUGAUCUCAAAUUACCCCUUUCCCUUUUCAAUCAAUUGACUUCUUUGCGUCCUCUUCCUUCUGUUAUCGUUUUCAAUCAGCUCUUCACUGCCAUUUCCAAAUUGAAACGCCUUCAUCCUCAUUCCGCCAUUAUUUCUCUCGUUAGGCAGCUUGAAUUACUUGGUAUUAAAUACGAUAGGCAUUCGUUGGGUAUUCUCGCCAAUUGUUAUUGUCAUUUAGGCCGCGUUGAUUUCGGGUUUUCUAUCAUGGCUAAAUCCCUUAAACUUGGUUAUCCCCCAAAUGAUUAUACCUUUAACACCUUAAUCAAUGGUUAUAUUAUUAAUGAUAAGCUACCUCAAGCUGCUCAUUUGUUGAAUAAGAUUAUCAAUUUAGGUUUCCAGCCUGAUAUUGUUACAUAUGGUGCUAUUUUCAAAGGCCUUUGUAGAAUCGGCGACAAUGCCAGUGCUCUUACUUUGCUUACCAGAAUGCAGUCUGCUGGUCAUUGUAAGCCUGGUCUUGUCAUAUAUAGCACCAUUAUUGAUAGUCUCUGUAAGGACAGCUUAUUACAACAAGCUAUGGACCUCUUCUCCGCUAUGAAAACCGAUGGCAUUCAACCUAAUGUUGUCACCUAUACUUCCUUGAUUCGAGGCCUCUACAAUUCUGGAUGCAGGGAAGAGGCUAAGGGUGUAUUGACUGAGAUGUUAAAGAGCAACAUAGCACCAGAUGUUACAACCUUCAACAUGUUUGUUGACAUGUUUUGUAAAGAUGGUAAUGCUGAGGAAGCGGAAGCGAUUUUAAGACUCAUGACUGACAAAGGUGUAGCUCCUAACAUCAUUACUUACAAUGCUUUACUUGAUGGUUAUUGUUUGCGUGGUCAGAUGGAAGAUGCAGAAAAGCUACUUGAUAUCAUGGUCCAGAAUGGUUGUGAGCCUGAUCUUGUAAGUUUGAGUACUAUGAUCAAUGGAUAUGUCAAACUCAAAAACAUUGACAAGGCUCUUACUAUAUUACAAAGUAUGUUUCAGAAAGGUAUAACACCAAAUGUUGUAACCUAUAGCACUCUUAUUGAUGGCUUGUGUAAAGCCAAUAGACUUGCACUUGCACAGAAGUUUUUCACAGAUAUGCAAGCUCACGGAGUUGCUCCUGAUGUUGUCACAUAUAAUUCAUUACUAGAUGGCCUGUGCAAAAGUGCACAGCUGGGUGAGGCAGUGGCAUUACUUGAAGAGAUGGAGGAUAAACAUAUCAAGCCUGAUAUUGUCACUUACAAUAUCCUAAUGAACAGCUUGUGUGAGGCUGGGCAACUUGAAGAUGCUGCAAAUUUCUUCUCUGAUCUUGUAUCCAAGGGUCUGCAACCCAAUUGUAAGACAUACACUAUAAUGAUUAAGGGCUUCUGCAAGGAAGGGCUCAUGAGUGAAGCUGCUCACUUGUUAAGCAAAAUGGAGGAAAAUGGUAGCCCCCCUAAUGAUUGUACUUAUAAUAUAAUCAUCCGAGGAUACAUUUUCAAUAAUGACUUGUCAAAUGCACUAUAUUACCGCGACAUUAUGGUUAGGGAAGGAUUUGAAGCUGAUGCUGACACUUUCUCAUUGUUUGUUACCCUUUUGUCUACUGGCAACUUAAGUAACUCAUCAAAGGACUUGCUUAAGAAAUUUAUCAAUUGAAUUGAAGUUGAGCUGUUUGUAAGUGGCAAAGGUAGUAGACUUUUGAUGUUGGAUAAUCAAGAAUUCCACUUUAUGCUCUUAGUGAAGAUUCUAUAUGAGUAAGGUGUAUCAGAGAUAACUACCUGUAUGGUUUUUUCUGUUCUCUAUUUAUAGUCCCUAGUCUAUUUUUUGACCUUCGUGUAUUGCAAGAAACAUAAUCUUGGUUAUAAAUAGGCUAUCAAGAAUUGGUUUAGACAGAUUUUGAAAGGGUUAGAUUGUCUUCACUGUCAAAAUCCUUCCGUCAUUAUUGAGAUUUCAAGUGUGAUGAUAUUUUUGUGAAUGGAAACCCUGGGAAGGUUAAAUCGGAGAUCUUGAACUUGGGAGAAUGCUUCAACAUGCAAAAGCAGCUUUUGUUGCUGAUGAUAUUCAUGGCACUAGAGCCUUUUGAAGAAGAGUAUGGGUAAACCAUCCUUGUCUUGGCUGUUUGGUAGUUCUUUCCUUGAUGAGUGUUUCAAAUAAAAGACCUUGUGAAAUAUUUUAUUUUAUGGAUGUCAAUUUAAUAUAUCUAUGUGCACUGUUCUCCAUAGAAUGUGACAUAUCCCAUUUUCAAAAUGCCCCAAACUAUUGUCAAAAUGUGUAUUUAUUUUUCAAAAUUGGGGCCACUGGGCUAGUAAACUUCUUCAUUGGAAAAGUUUUGAGUUGAAUCAGGACAUCUUGAUGACUGUCAUAUACCUCAUGUUUUGUUUUUCAGUAAUUGACAAUUUUAAUACGGAUUAGGAUAUAAGUAAUACUCUAAUGCUUAAAUGGCAUAAUCUGUUGGAACUUAGCUUUGCUCCACCCCCCCCCCCCCCUCCCCCUCCAAAAGGCCCCAGAUAACUAGUACAUUAUAUUCUAUUUGGUACUUUGUUAUUUUGUAUGUGGAUGUUAUCCAUCUGAUAGGUACAUUUUAUGAUUUCUGAAUUCUUUUGACAUUCUUGUGCAAAUGGGGGUGUUCCUCUUAAGUUCUAAGUGCCGCUACCAAAGGUGAAUCAUCCAUACAUAAUUAAUGAUCAGAUUACUGACAAUGUAGAUUUAGCAUCAUUAUCAGAGGCUUAUUGUUCUAUAUAGUGAUAAUAAAUUUAAUAGGAAAAAGGUAUAGUGAUAUCCAGGUAUUUUCUCACCUUUAACUGUACAUAAUUGUACAUUGAUGGCUCCGGCUCUUGUCUUGUCUUCUGAUUACUUAAAAUGACUCGCCCAUGGAGUUGCUUUAGAAAUAUAUCAAUUGAAUUGAAGUUGAGACGACUGCAUGUUUGCAAAGAUAGUAAAUUUUUGUUCCUUAAAUAUCCAUUUUCUUAGGUAUCAUAUUCAUCUUUCUGUUACUUAAGUAUAUAAUCACUUUUAUGUAGUAUAGUACAUUAAUUAUUAAAGUUUUGAUGCUAGGAUUUCUUUUAUCUAUCUUUGACCUCUGGAAUGUAUUAUCUUACCAAAAAAUUAAAGAAAACAUUGCUUGUGUUCUAGAGUUUAAGGGUUUUUCUUUCUUAAUUUUUUUUUUCAAUUAAUAUUUCGUCUUUUUUUUUUUUUUUUUACACAUUAUCUACUGUUUUGUUUUUCAAGUUACGAUGUUAGCCUUAUAAUAUUUAUGUCCUACUUCAGACAUGAUAAACAAGAAAAACACCUAUUUGCAUUUUGAAAGUUGGUAGUUAUCAUUUGAGGCAGACUUGAUUCCAGAAAGCACUGAUAUAUUAUGAAUUAAUUGAUCGAGGUACAUGAGAUUUUCAUUUAACAUGCAUUUUCGGAAGAUAUUAGAUUGGAAUUCUUGUCACAUUCCCAAACUACAGUUUCAUAAGGAAUCAAUGGAGUUUUCUGGUAAAGCAAUGGGUGGCAGGCAACAUCUUUUUUAGGCUAUGUCAAUAACCAGAGUUUUUUUUAUGAUGUUUCAAUCUUCAAGUCCUAUAUUAAACUUUAGGAGUAGUGAACAUACAUACUUUCCCAUUUGUCUAGAUUUUGGAUUACCAGGUUCCAAUAUUCAGUUUAUGUUUCUUGCAUGAUAAGAUUUAUAACUGCUACAAGCGUACGAGUAUUUGGUUUGCUUGUCCAUUUUUAGACUGAUGGGAUGAUACAGCUGCAGGGUAUCUAAGUAUCUUAUUUUGUUACCUUUACUUUAGGUGCUUAAACUUAUCUAUUGGUUUGAUUAUUCUUGUAGUUGGAAGGCUUGAUUUUGGAAAAUAGCUUGAUGUAUCUAGAAGUCUAGAACCUGACCUGUUUAGUGAAAAUUUUCAUUCAACAUCGUUGCGGUCUAUCUGAGUAACUUAUUUGUUCAUUCUGUUGCACAAAAACCAAUUUGCUGAACCUAACAUUGAUUUCCAGGUAAUAAACCAGCUUCUUGUCUAAUCGCGCAAACCAUAUAAGUUGUUGGAUUUCAGGGCCUAAUUCUUGUGUCAUGCAAAUGAGGAAAGCACUUUGAUUCCUGGUGAUGUGUUGCUGAAAAUCAGUCAGUAUUAUUAGCUUUCCCGAGCCUGCAAGUCGUGUUUGCUGCAUGAUUCGGAAAUUGUGAUUGGGCUUUCUCUAAUUUAACUAGAUCUCAGUGAAGAACUUGAUUCCAAGAAUACUAUUGCACAUGACUGAAGAAAUUUCAAGAAGAAACCUUCUCAACAGAAACUCCUUUCUAUGGAAGCUCAUCAAAGAUAUUUCAAGUUAUCAUCACCAAAUAAGGCCAAUGCAUACAACUUGAACGUUCUUUUAGUGUGUAAUCUGUGUAUUCCUAGUUAUUAUUUUAUUUUAGUGAUCCUUUAGGUGACAUGAAAUUCAUCUCACUUGGAUGAUGGGUUGAUGUGCCAGAUUCAUUAAUUGAACGAGCAUCAUUUUUGUUUGGAA